AUGGGCAAUUCGGAAUCGAAAAAAACAGUAGUGGCAAUUGAAAUUGGGAAUGUAAAUUCUGGAUAUGCUUAUGGUAUAGGUAAUUAUAAAGACUGUCACAUAUACACUGCCACACAUGGUUAUGGCCUUCCAAAAGACCGUGUUCCAACAGCUUUGCUUUUGAAAAAUAACGCUUUUGAUGCAUUUGGGUAUUGUGCUCAAGAUAAAUUCAUGUCGCUUACGCUGCAGGGGGAUAAUCUUGAAUACAAGUAUUUCAAUAAUCUGAAUAUUAUUGAAAGGAAUGGCGAGUAUUAUAUUUGUGACAUACAGGGAACGGAAAUGCUAGCUGAUGAUAUAUAUGCUAUAAUCAUCAAAUACUUGUAUGAUUCGUGUAUGGAGCAAGUUGCAAAUAACCGACACAAUAACACAACGACAAUUUUAAUUCUAUGUGUAUCAAACGAGUCUGAAACAAUACGCGAUAUUAUACAAUCGGCUUUGGAAAAAAUCGAAACUAAAGAUAAUAAAAGAAUAAAAGAUAACACACGCAUAGUCCUUGAUACAGAUGCAGCCGCUGCAUAUUGUAGAUAUCAAGCUUUGCUGAUGAAACGUCCGACAUUCAUCCUUGUGAACCUUGGUGGGUAUACAUCAAAAUUCUGCUGUCAAAAAGUCUUAAGUAAAGGCAGGUACAAAGAACUAAAAGAUGCUUCUGCUUUGCCACACGGAGGUGAAACUGUUACUGAUGCUUUCCUACAUGAGCUUGGAAAACAAAUAAGCAACCUGGACUGGAAUGAGUUCAAAAAUACAAACUAUUAUGAUUAUAUGUACACAAGACAAUCUUUCGAUGAAAAUAAACAUAAAUUUUCUGACCACACCGAAUCCAUGAUCAUAGAUUUGCCAUUGUCUGUCGUCAAAUUAUUUGAAACUAGUAAAAUGGCAUCCAGUAGCGAUGGGCUGGCUUUCACCAAAGACAGCAAAAUGAUAAUAACACAAGAAAAGAUGGCGAGUUUGUUUAGUGAAUCGUUGAAAGAGAUUGUUUGCAAGAUUGAAACAUAUGAGGACGUCAACGAACAAAACGACGUUCUCGUUUUUCUAGCUGGUGGCUACUCCGAAUCUUCUUAUGUGCGGGAUUUCAUAAAAAAGGCAGUGGAACCAAAACGAGCUCUUCUAGUUCCAGAUCCUAGCCUAGCUGUCAUGAAAGGUGCUGUUAGGAUGGGAUUUGAACCCACCAUGAAAUCUGUUUUUACAUAUGGAUUUAUCAGACCAGAUAACCCUGAUGACAGUCCAAAUUUCACUCUCAUAACUCGUAAAGGAAAGUCAGUUUUUUUUCAGAAGAUAAUCAGUAGACGGCAAAUAUUAGUAAAUGAUACUCCAUUUUUGACAGACCUACAUAUUCAAGACGAUGAAAGGCACUGCUCGAUAAUUCUUUACAAAACUAGGAAAGAUGGCUCAGAGCACAAAGAUAGUGACUUUAUACAAGUUGAAGAAAUAAGUCCUCCGGAAAACGGCUGGAAUGAAAUAGAAACAGUCGAAGUAAAAGUGACACAGAUAAUAAUCCACGUUUCACUAUGA